AAAUUACCCGGUUCUUAAACCCUCGCCGGAAUCCAAAAGCCCCUCCAAAAUGCCUCCCUCCGCCGCCCUUCUCCGCCGCGCCCUCUACUGGUCGUCCCUCUCCAUCGCCACCUCUCGCCGCUCCAGGGCCCUUACUUCAGCCUUUCGGCAUUGCCAAUCUCGAUUCUCCACCACCCUCGACGAUGCCAUGGAAAGCAAAAAGGAGAAGAAGAAAGGCGAGUGGUUGACCUUACCUCCUUUCAGUUCGACUAUCGACGGCGCUGAGCUCGGGAAGGAGCUCGCCGGCCUCGGUUCCGAGAAUAAAGGCGAUCCCAAGGUGACGGCAAUAAAGUGGGUACUACGGUGCUGCCCGCAGCUUCCAAGGUCUCUUGUGCAGAAGCUAUUCCGCCUCAGACAGGUUCGAAGAGAAUCAUCUGGAUCCAUGUUGAGCUCUGAUUUGGGCGCUAAAACAUAUGAGCAUCAACUUAGAAGGGUGGCGGCUAAGGAUUCAAUGAACUUAGGGGAUCGGAUAUGUCUUCCUAUAACUGUUCAAGAGUUACCUUCCAGGAAACCUGAGUGCUUUUCCAAUGAAGAAGAGGACUUUAUCUGCAGCCUUGAGUUGCAUAAGGAUGCAGCGAUUGUUGUUGUGAAUAAACCUCCCGGAAUGCCUGUGCAGGGUGGAAUAGGCAUAAGAAAAAGUUUAGAUGAAUUAGCUGCAACUUAUUUGAGAUAUGAUUAUCCAGAACCCCCUCGACUGGUGCACAGACUUGAUAGAGAUAGUAGUGGUAUUUUGGUGAUGGGGAGGACAAAAACAAGUACUACUGUGUUGCAUUCUAUCUUCCGAGAGAGAACUCAUGGGGCAUCAAAUGAUAAUGGAAACAACAGAAAACGGAUCUUGCAAAGGAGGUAUUGGGCACUUGUCAUUGGGUCCCCUAGACAUCCUGAAGGACUGAUCUCGGUGCCGCUAAAAAAGGAACAUUUCACCAAUUGGAAGAAAGCUUUCCAUCUUUCCAACAAAUUUCCCCCUCUGGGAAAGCAAAUCGUUGAUCUUAUGGAAGGCCUACGUUGUGUGAGAUUGAAAUCAGUAUUUUUUCAGACAUGUUUUGAUGUAUAUUAUACUGCCUUAUACUUACAGGUGAUAGUGGACAAUGGAAAAUCUGAAAGAAUAACUGCUGUUGGCAAUCUCGAAGUGAUGUCAUCUCAGCAUGCCAUAACAGAGUAUCGUGUGAUCAAGUCGUCUUAUCCUGGUUACACAUGGCUGGAGCUGUCCCCUCUCACUGGUAGAAAGCACCAGCUUCGAGUACAUUGUGCCGAGGUAUUGGGUACACCGAUUGUAGGAGACUACAAAUACGGGUGGCAAGCUCAUCGGAAAAUGAAACUUCUUCCUUCGGUGCCUUGUUCUAACUUAGGAAGAGAUCCGACUGUGAGACGACCUCCUCCUCCUCCUCCUCCUCCUUUUGGCCUUGAUUUGGAGAAUGGAAGUAUUCUCGAAAAGCAGCCCUAUUUGCACCUUCAUUGCAAGGAGAUGAUUUUGCCCGACGUGGCUAGGGCUUUGGCAAAAGUGCAGCUGAUAUCGUCAGAUUGUGAGCGUCUUACAGAACUUGAUAGCCUUCUUAAGUUAUCUGCUCCCCUGCCAUUACACAUGGAAAAGAGCUGGAAUAUCCUGAAUCCUUGAGCCCGAACAAUUAGAAUUAGGGUUCUACAAAGCUCUCCUCUUCCCGUUGGCUGGCUGCCUGCAAAUGCAACUUUAGGAGCAGACCCAGGCCGAUGACUGCCGCCCACAUCUAACCGAUGGCAGUUGCCCCUGCCUAAUGGUAAUAUUAAGGCCACUGGGACAGUCCGGCCGGGUUAUGGUGCAGGAUUUUGUGUUCUUGUUAUCACAAAGGAUUGUCAUUUGCAACAUUGUUUAUCUGUCAUGGUUGGUUGGUUGGUCGGCAAUUAAUAUUGUUGUUGUAAAUCUCAUCUUGUCGCAUAUUUCUAUUGAUAAUUAAUAGGAGAUGACACAUGUUUUUUCAUUCA